UUUUUUUUUUACUGUUGUCUUUAGGUUAUGCCAGAAUCUUUAGAAUUACCAGCGGAAUAUGCGCGUUACCACCGACUACUUACAAUUGGGAAUUUUACUGCUAUCUUAUCGUCCCAGCAACAAAAGGCUCUAGGCAGAUUCCAGAGGAGACUACCCAGAGUGCCGCUGGACCGGAGACCAAAAAGGAGCUGGAGAGAGUGGAGGCGGAACUGGAGCAAGAUAGGCAAACCCCCCGCCCCCCCAAGGGAAGCCCCACCCUACUGCGGAAGUGCAGUGAAUGCCAUCUGUGAUGAACUCUCAUGAAGCCGCACACGGGAGCUGACGUCCACAGUCCGCAGGAGACACCACUGCAGACCCAGGACAGUAGAGGAGCAGGGUCUUCUUCAAACACUGGAGACUUACCCUCCCCCUGACCCAAAAUAACAUCCCACAUCAGUCACCAGCAAUGUCCAGUCGCAGGAAAUCCUCCACCCCCUGCAUGAUCCGGGUUAGUGACAUAACAGAGCAGGAUGACUCUGAAGAAAUGGAAGUGUCCACUGCCAAUGUGACCAACAAUGGGUCUUCAGAGUCUGUGGAAAAUCAAGACCAUACAGUACAAGACACUAUAGAAGAUCUAGGAAGUGAGAUUGAAACAAAAGUUGUGGCGGAAGCUGAUCCUAUGCCCCAACUGAGGCAGCAUGGAAGUUAUGAGUGCAAAUACUGUCCUUUCUCUACCCAGAAACUCAACGACUUCAAAGAGCACGUAGACUCCAGUCACCCCAAUGUCAUACUCAACCCCCUCUAUCUGUGUGCCGUGUGCAACUUCAGCACCAAAAAGUUUGACUCUCUUACAGACCACAAUGAGACCCAACACCCUGGAGAGACCAACUUCAAGUUCAAGAGGGUAAAAAUAAAUAACCAGACUAUCUUGGAGCAGACAAUCGAAGGCAAGACCAAUUCAGUUCUCUGCAAUACUGUAGACGGACAAGGCGAGCAAACCAAUUACGGGGAAUAUCAGAAUAUCGGAAAGCCACACAUGGACAACAUACAGUCCCUCUACCAAGGGAAUGAUUUGGAAAAGAGGUUGGAAAACUUUAUUCCAAAAGAUCAAAUCACAGCUGUGAACAUAAACGGCACAAUGAUCAUCCCUGAACCAACAAUCAUUCAAGGGCUUUCGUAUGUAAUGCCAUUGCUUCAAAGACCACCCAACUUCUGUUCUGUACCAACAAUUGCUGUUCCUCUGAACUCUACCAAAUAUAAUCCUUCACUGGACAAUAACACAACCCUAAUGACAUCUUUUAACAAAUUCCCUUACCCAACCCAUGCUGAGCUGUCCUGGCUAACUGCUGCGUCCAAGCACCCAGAGGAGCAAAUAAAGGUGUGGUUCACUACCCAACGGCUAAAGCAUGGCAUCACCUGGUCACCAGAGGAAGUCGAGGAAGCCAGGAAGAAAAUGUUUAAUGGCUCCAUCCCACCCAUACAUCAGACCUUCACCGUUCUGCCUACCCCAAUUUCUCAGUCUGCCAAAGCCACCCAGCCCCUUAUUCAGACUAGCUUUGGGCAGUCUAAUCUAGUACUGACAAGUAUUGCUAAUGGAUCAACCAUGACCUGUGCUCCUGUUGCAGUGACUGUAGCCAGUUUUGUGCAACCUCUCAAGCGACCCCUGACAACUCCUUCAUUCGCCCCAGAAUUAAAGCGCCCCAUGGCGGCCCCUGCAGAAGACCCAAAGGAGAUGAUACUAAUGGCCCCUCCUCCAGUUCCACAAAAAGAGAGACUUCCCAUGGCCCCACCCCCAGUGCCCCCAGAAUUAAAGAGAUCUGUAGCAUUUCCUAUUAUCGCCUCGGAGAUGAAAAGGUCCUUGGCAGCACCUCUCAUGGUUUCUAAAGGAAAACUGCCCUUGGCCACUCCACUUGUGAACCCCAAAAACAAGCUGCCAAUGGCACCUUCUCCAGUCUUCCCUAAGAUGAAGAGACCUAUUGUCACCCCUCAAUUCAAGAGGUACAUGCUGCCUCCUCCUUCAUUAGUUUCCAAAGACAAACUUCCAAUCACCCACUCUCUAUUGGCUUCAGACUUAAAGUUACCAAUCUCACCCCCUCUCAUUGCCCCUCAAGUGAGGAGGCCAACAAUAAUCCAGUCCGUGUGGACUCCCCUCAAGGGCCCGUUCCAACUCCCUAGCUUUUACCAAGACAGCAAGAAAACAAAAACGCAAAUAACAGAGAUGAAGGCCAGAUAUGUCAGAGGACGUCUCUCAGAGGACAAAGUGCUCACCCCUCUUGGGGAAGCCAAUGGUGUCUCUCAUGGGGAUGCAAAGUGGGUUCAUGACCAAGGGCCUCAUGCACAGAACGGCAUUCUACAGUUGUACAACGAGCUAGCAUCAAAACCAGAACAGCAACAAUCAGUUCAGACUCAAUUUCCACUCUUAGAGAGAAUGAAAGGGAAGACUUCUGAGCAGUUGAAGAUUCUAGAAGAGAACUUCCAGAGAAACAGCUCUCCAACAUACAAUGACGUUGACAAUCUAGUGACUGCAACCCAACUGUCGCGGGAGGAAAUUGACAGCUGGUUUUUAGAGCGCCGGGCGCUGCGUGACAACCUUGAACAAGCUCUUCUAAACUCCAUGGGCUCAAAGAGACUCAACGUUGAUAAGCGUCAGCAACAACACGGACCGCUGAAUGGUGUGCACAAGCAAGUUGGCCAUCCAAGAAGCUCUCCCUUUGCCAUCAUUGCCCCCACCACCACUUGCUCAGUGCCUCUAGACAGCAAAUCCUUGGCUCUUCUGAAGGAUGUUUUUGCACAAACUCGGUGGCCUUCCCCUGAAGAAUACAAUCAGCUUGAGGCCCAGACAAGCCUGGCUCGCACAGAAAUCGUCCGCUGGUUCAAGGACAGUAGGUCAGCACUGAAGAGUGGGACCUUGGAGUGGAUGGAGUUUUUCCAUAAACUGAACAGCAGUGGGCAAAAUGGCGAGGGGGCGCUACUGAGCACAGAGAAUGCUUUCAGCAUAAUCCAGCGCUACCAGGAAGUAAAGGCACCCAAGGUGGAGGAUAUUGGGAGGCUAACGGAGCAUGCCAGUCUUAGCAGCCAGGAGAUCAAGGAAUGGUUUGCCAGCAAAUUGAGACAAAACACAUCUGAUAUCAGCCAGAAUUGUGGCCAAAAUGGAGGCUCUCGAGAGGGGUUCGGGAGCUGGAUGGAGGAAACCAAGGGGAUGGAUGCACGCAUGGGUGCUAAGGAGCUGGUCUCGGACAAAGACAGGAUGAUGGAGGAUGCUUCUGGAAGGGUGACUGGGUGAGAACCGUUGCCACUGUCAGUUGCACACAGGAGCUGAAAAGGAAAGAGUUUAAUUAUUGAAUAUUGUAUUUUCUGAACAAAUUAUUUCUUGCUUGUUCCAUCCCAGUUUGUGCCCAACAUUUCCUCAAGGUUGAGUUAACUUUGUAGAACGUUUUCAAAAACAUGGUGGUAAUGUUGUGUGUGAUUUAGGAUGAGGUAGAAGGCACAGUGCACUGAAUGUGUGCCUGAAGCACUGACCAGGUGGUGAUCGUUGAGUGCCAAAGCUGGAUUUGCUGUGUUAUUACACUUUUAAAAAAAGGGUUCUUGUAAAUAUAUUUUUUCUGUGUUGCUACAGAUUUGUACAAUUUUGGGGGAAUUUUGUUACAUUUUAUAAUGGGAGCAACUUGCCCCUUUUUUUCCGCUCCAGCGGAUCUUAGUGGUCUGUCCUACAUUUUGUAAUGAAACACCAUGAACCACUACAACCGUUGGCAAUACUUCAGUUCAUUUUCCAAUGCUGAACUUCCGUUGCAGUUCCCUCCUGUCAGGUGGACUUAUAUCAAAUCAAACUAUUUACGGUUCUGAAGUGCUAUUGUACUCCCUGGACUCUAAGCCAACCUGCACUUUGGUAAGGAACAUGCUUGUUUGACCAAGUGAUGUUGUGGAUCAUUGUUAGAGAAAAGAAACGGUCAGUGGCAAAACCAGAAAGAAAUAAUCACAUUGAAACAAAUCCAGAAUCAUGCUGCCUGCCUGCAUCAUAGUCUAAUCGUUCUCUUUUGAUUUAUUUGUUGUCCUGCAAAUGAACAUACACAUCUGUAAUAGCCUUUAUACCUACGUACAUGUUGACUUAAUAGAAGUAGUGCUAGUUCCAUUCCGACAUUAGAAACAAACCAAUACAAGCUCUUUAUGUACCGCUUUAGUGUCAUGGUCAGGACAUAGUGCCUUCGAGAAAGUAUUCAGACCCCUUGACUUUUUCCACAUUUUGUUACGUUACAGCCUUAUUCUAAAAUUGAUUAAAUAAAUAAAACAUUUCAGUAAUCUGCACUAGAGGUCGACCGAUUAUGAU